UCAAAACGUAAACAUGGCAGAUGACAGGUUAGUUGCAAUCGUCCUGUUUGCGAUUGCAGCUUCGGUUACAUGUGAUGUCAAAGUGAACGAUGUGUCAACAAUUGCUACCGGAUCAGAAAAUCCACCCAUAGUUUCUGGAGUACCACUCCAAACAGAUGGUAUGAUAACAUCGGUAACGGUACAGGGCAAAAGUAUGCCCUAUAAGGAGACACAGCAAACAGGUGAUGACCAGAAAAAGACUGAACAAGAUACUGAAACACAAAAAUCCUCACCACAUAUGCCUGUUAAGCAAGAUCUACAAGAACAAAAUUAUUUGGAAAACAAACUUGAAAAACAAAAUAGCAGUGAAAGUAGUCGUGAACAGCAAAUCAUGAAAAAACAGAAUUCUGCACAACCAAACACACAACAGAAUCUUGUACAAUCAGUUCUGCAAGAUCAGAAUUUAGUCCCUCAGAUACCACAAGAGCAGAUUAAUCCUGAACAACCAAUUCCAAAAGGACAAAAUCCUGUACAGCCAAUUCCACCAGUGAAAAAUCAUGGACUACCAAUUCCACAAGAGCAGAAUCCUGUACAACCAAUUACAUCAGGGCAGAAUCUUGUACAGCCAAUUCCAAAAGAGCAGAAUCCUGUACAACCAAUUACAUCAGGGCAGAAUCCUGUACAAUCAAUUCCAAAAGAGCAGAAUCCUAUACAACCAAUUACAUCAGGGCAGAAUCCUGUACAGCCAAUUCCAAAAGAGCAGAAUCCUGUACAACCAAUUACAUCAGGGCAGAAUCCUGUGCAACCAAUUACAUCAGGGCAGAAUCCUGUACAGCCAAUUCCAAAAGAGCAGAAUCCUGUACAGCCAAUUCCAAAAGAACAGAAUCUUGUACAAAUACAACAAUCAGGGCAAACUCCUUCACCUGUCCUUCCACAACAGAAGAAUCCUAUGCAAAUAAAUCCAUCAGGACAGAGUCCUGUACAACUUACCACACAGGAAAUGAUUCCUGUACAACCAAAUCCACCUGUACAGAAUCCUUUACAAUCCAGUCCACAGGAACAGAUUCCUGUACAACCAAAUCCACCUGUACAGAAUCCUUUACAAUUAAGUCCACAGGAACAGAUUCCUGUACAACCAAAUCCACCUGUACAGAAUCCUUUACAAUCAAGUCCACAGGAACAGAUUCCUGUACAACCAAAUCCACCUGUUCAGAAUCCUUUACAAUCCAGUCCACAGGAUCAGAUUCCUGUACAACCAAAUCCACCUGUACAGAAUCCUUUACAAUCCAGUCCACAGGAACAGAUUCCUGCGCAUCCAGUUCCACAGAAGCAGAAUCCAGUACAAGACAUUUCACUGAUACAAAAGACUAUACAACCAAAUCAAGCUGAUUUAGAUGGAAAAAAUACAAGGGUGACUUCUUCAUUGCAACAGGAAAUAGAGACAAAAGAUGACACAGAUCAAAACCAAAACUUUGAUUACAAGGGCAGUAAGAUUUUCAGUCAUGUAACAGGUGUACCACAAACUGAUACUGCAAGAGAAAUUAUACAUGGAAUUUUAAAUGAACAAAAGAACACAGUAUCCACUGAAAAUGACAAAAAUGACAAUAAACCUACUAUGUAUGAUAAAGGAUUUCCACCAGCACAAAAACAUUCAGAUAUAGAUAUUCAUGAUGUAACGCAAUUACAGGAGUGGAUGGAGACAACCACAGAGUAUUUCACAACUUCUGAACUAGUGGACAACAUAAAACUGACAACCACAGAGUAUUUCACAACUUCCAAACAGUUUAGAAAUGAUAUUGACAAUGUACCAGUGGACAACAUAAAACUGACAACUGCAAGAAAACCAUUCCUAGCUCUACAGCCAGGCCCCGUCAUCCUCACCCCAGCACAGAGUAACAGAGUCCCUGACCCAUCUGAGAAAUUGUUUGUAUCGGACACUACUUUAGCACUGUCAUCUUAUACAACAACAGCCUGGUCAACAAAAGAGGAUGAUAAAGAUACUCUGCAAGCAAAAGACAACUUUUAUGAAGGUCUUGAUCUCUGGGAUGAUGCAGAUGAAGAUGAAUUUCCUACAGAUGAUAGCCAACCCUUAUCAGCUGACAGGGAUGAUGAUUGGAAUUUCUUCAUGGGAGAAAAGCUGAUUCCUAAGGGGAAGGCACUGGGAGACUCCUAUAGACCAUCAAUGGAGUCACUUGGAGAUGAGAAGGGUUACCCCCCUCCCAAGGAAGGCCUUGUCACAUCCAGCCUGCACAACAAGAAUGAGGACAUUAACAUAAAGAUGGACAUGAUAGCCUACUACAGCUGGAUCCUCUUCAUCACUCUCCUUAUCUUUGCCAUCUUCAUAUUUGCCAGACAGAGACAAAAGUUUGGUUACAUUCUAAAGUGGGGACAAAGUAGAAGAAAUUAUGGCCGCCCAUCGGAUGCCGAGGAAGGGAAGAAUUUGAUGAAGAACAUCUACACAUGAUACUUGCUGUACUUAUCCCCAGGAACAUCAGUUUUCUGUCAAGGUGUGUCAGGGUUAAUUUUUAAUCCAGGGUGCUACCUCGUUAUGAAUUCCUUAUGCCUCUUCAUGUCUUAUAGUGAGACCAGAACUGUUCUCGCUUUUAACAAAUGACUUAUACUCAACCAUGACAUAAUUUGGAGACUAUUUCUCAAAUACAGGAUACUGCCGGAGGUGCAUAAUACUUUUGUUAUGAGUUUCUAUCGGAGCUAACGAUCAUAUCGGUAGUUAUCCUGAAAUAAAUCCAGGGAGCGAGCACAUAAUCUCUGAUUCAUAGUUGGGAAGGGUUUAUUACAAGACAAUGAAAAGCAUCUGCUGGCUUUUUUUCUUAUCUGCAAUAGAUUUGGAUGGGAUUAUUACCAGGCAUGGGUUUAUUGCCAGAGAAAUACAGUAAAUGUUAUUUUCUCUUGGUUCUGGUACAAACAUUACCAUACUGUGAGGUCUGAAAUGCAGAAUUGUUCAACAAAACCUUUACAUUUUCCUAAAGUACUUAAAAAAAUUAGUUUUUUAAUAUAUUGUUCCUUUUACCAUCUUUUUUUGGGUAAAUAAAAAUAAAACUUGAUGAAAAGUCAUCCGUUUAGUUUUAGCUUUUUCAUGUGAGACUCAUAAUUAAUAUUUUUGAAUGCAAGAAACAAAUUGUUAUCUUUCUUAUAUCUAAAUCAUUGUGAAAAAUGGCAGAUUCCCAAUUAAAAGUUCAUCUUUUUGUUGCAAUGCUGUAGAUCUGAUUGAGUAUGCAAGUAUAUACAAAGUCCAAGAUACAUGUAUUCUAUAGUUGCUAGUUUUUGCAGGGGAAUCAAUUUCGCCAAUGCAGGAUGACAUUAGUAUUCAUGAGUUAAGAUAUAAGGAAUCUUUCAGAUACUGUGUACUACAAAUGUAUUGGAUUAAUAGAAUCCAUCCCUGAUGUGAGAUAUGGAUAAGGUCAUUCAAACCCAAAGGAUGAAAUAUUGAGCAGGAGACCCGAGGCUUUGCUGUGGGUCUUCUGCUCAAUUUAAACAUGAGAAAUAAGAUCAAGAUCCCUAUUGGUGAUUGUUUACACUAGAACAAAUUAAAAGCUCCAGUACUUCAAUCUUUUACCUGAAGUUUAUAUUACUGAACAGCCUCAUUCAGACAUUGAAUUAUUUUGUUUUGUAUCUUAAACACAAAAUCAUAUUUUUUUCUGUACUAAACAUUAUGAUUUGUUUUUCUCCAAAAAUGGAAAUAGGAUCCAAGAGAAAAUAUUACACAAAUACUUUUGAGAGAUUCACAAACCACUAUCCUGAUGAAAAUUCUCGCUUUUAUUGAGAUGAGUUUGCACUGUCCUCAGAAAAUAUGUACAAUGUUAUUAAAAUAUAGGAAAGAUUAGUUGAUUUUUUUUAAAAUACCAAAGUAAAAAUUCAAAUAUGCCUCAAAGCAAAAAUACAGUUUAUGUGUUCUCCCCUUGCACUAUAAAUUCGAAACUAAUUUUAUAGAUAUUUUUUUUUCUUUUCUGUAAGGAUUUUUGUUGUUGUUGAGAGUUUGUUAAUUAUUUCAGGAAUCAUUCAUAUGUUAAAAUAAUUCUUUUCUUUCCUGGUCAUGCAUAUAAUUUUUGGUACAUUAGUUUUCAACUAAAUUGGAAGAAAACUUUUAUUGCAGAAAAUGUUGUUUAAUCCAGUAUACAAACCUAGCUGCCUUCAAACAUUUUUACACAUACAACUUCGUGUAUUAUAGUAUACGAAUAUUAAUUGGGAUAUAUAUUGAUCAUGGUUUCAUGUAUAAAUCAUAAAAUAUUUGGGGUUUUAUUAUGUCAGACAGAAGACGGCUUCAAUAUAAUUAUAGCACCUCAUCACUAAAAAGGUAAUAUAAGUCUGUGAUUUUAAUGUUUGUUUUCAUGUGCUUCAUUUUAAUUGUGGGUAUUUGCUUAAAAUACAUUCAUUAUGUAUAUAUAUUCUUGUGCCAUUAUUAUAACUGUUUAUUUGCUUUAAUCCACCUAAGACAUAAUAGGAAAGCUUUUUAAACAUGUUUUAGAGUUGAAGCAUUUUUUUCAAGUGUUAUAAUGAAUUCAGACAAAAUAAAAUGUACAUUUGUAUUAAUAAAAUAAUUUUCAACAAUUCCACAGUGACCCCUCCCCUUACUACUAUAAUCAAUGGUGCCCAGCAAUAUGUAUUGGAAUUGUACAGCAUCCGUAAGGUGCUAGUAAAAUACAUACAGUAGCUACAAGGAUGUGUGCAAUGUAAUCCAAUCAAUGUAUAUAUCUAUCACAGUGAUGAGGUCUAAACCCAUGGCCAGUGGAUCAUCACUUUAAGAUUAAAAAGAAAUUUUUAAGUAUUUAUGUAAUUGUCUUUCAUAGAAUUUUUAUUUGUCUGUGUACAUGUUAAGAGACUUCGAUAGUCAACGUACAUGUUUAGAGGCUUUGUUUGUCUAGUUACUUGUUCAGAGAUUUCAUUUGCCUAUGUUCUUGUUUAGAGAUUUUCAUAUGUCAUAGUAAAUGUUAAGCGAUUUCAUUUGUCAAAGUACAUGUUAAGAUAUUUUUAUAACAGUUGAUUUGAUCAUUUUCACAGUCCUUGCUGAGAUUGUUAUCAUCUUGUUUAAACAAUGCCUACUAGAAUGAGAAUGUUGUCUCUGUUGAAUAUAGUUCUUUGAUGGAACUAGUCAUUAUACAUGUACCAAACGGUUGGAGAGAUAAUAUCAUUUGUGAUAGUUAUAUUCCAACAUACAUAUUUUGGUUUUUUUAUUAAAACACAUCAGUGUGUUUUAUAAAGAAUGUCAGAAUCUCAAAUGUCCUUUUACAUUAAACAUUGUUAUAUAUAUAUUAUCUGUUUUUAAAAUUCAGUUACAAGGCUUUUGACCUUAUACAAUGUACAAAUGUUAUUUAUUAGUUGUAUCAAUAACAUUGUUACUAUAUGUGGUAUCCCAGAUCAUUUUACCAAUAUGUUGUAUCCGUGUACAUUGUAUACGUUUUUAUUUGUGGCAGUGGUUUGCUAAACCAUGAUUUGAAAUUUAUGAAGAAAAUACUGAUUUUUA